AUGGCUGCACCCUCGUUGUCGGCCACCAAGGCCGCCUCCCUCUGCGACACCCUCCCCCCGGCACGGCUCGCUCCGCACACACCCACCCUGCCCCUCGUCCAGUCCUCGCCCCCCUCUCCGCCUCCCGUCAUAUCCUUCGACCCCCCGGUCAUCUCUCCCCAUGGCCCUCAUGCUCCUCUUCCCAGCUCAUCCACCGAUGCAUCAUACAAGCCCAACCCGGUGUCUGUCGGCGACGCCCAGACCCGCUCGGAGACCGCUGCUCGCAAGCUCUGCGUCCGCCACCAGCGGAUGGCAGACGAAGGCACAAAUCUUAAGCUCCAACAGGCCCUCGAUGCUCUCCCCGUCGCCGAGCGAGAGGCCGUCUCCGUCAUUUGGUCCAACUUCUCGUCCUCUCCCCAUCCCCGUCGCGCCCUCAUCCUCAGCGGCCUCCUCACCAUGUGCUGCUUCUCUCAGCUCUCCCUCCUAACAGAGCAACUCGCCCACCUCAUUCGCAUAGACCCCUUCGUCAUCCUUCCCCACGAAGUCUCCCUCAAGGUCCUCGGUCACCUCGAUGCGACCUCCUUGUGCCGCGCAGCACAGGUGAGCAGACUCUGGAAGGGUCUUGCCGACGACGACAUCCUCUGGAGGAGCAUAUGCGAGCAGCACAUCGGUCAGAAGUGUGCCAAGUGCGGCUGGGGUCUCCCUAUCCUCGAGAAGCGUCGCGGACUCCGUCUCCCCACUCCCCCCGCAUCCGCUUCUCCCUGUCCAUCACCAGCAAUCCCCCAUUCACAUCCUCCGCCGGACGCUGUCGCCUCGUAUUCCCAGCAGCUGAAGCGGCGCCUCGACGACGAACCCGACGAACAUCCGGGCAGUUCCACCGCCAAGCGGAUACGAACAGACGACCACGACCACGAAGAUGACUCCCACCUCGCCACACCAUCGGCGUCUCCCCGUUCUCCGGCUCUCGCUCUCUCGGAACCUCCACAAGCGAUAUCAACGAACCCUCUUCUGGCGCCGCCCGCAACAUCCGAGCCUCGGCUCGUGAGCCCGCUGACCCGUCCCUGGAAAGAUGUCUACUGCGAGCGUCUCACUAUCGAACGUAAUUGGCGGCGCGGGCGAUGUACAGUGCGCACACUCAAGGGUCAUACGGAUGGUGUUAUGUGCCUUCAGUUCUCGGAGACUCUCACCCACCCAACGUUCCCGGUACUGAUCACCGGCUCUUACGACACCACUGCUCGCGUUUGGAAUCUCGAGACAGGCACCGAGGUCCACUGUCUAUCGGGACACUCUCGCGCCAUCCGAUGUUUGCAGUUCGACGAGGCGAAGCUCAUUACGGGCAGCAUGGACAACACCAUGCGCGUGUGGAACUGGCGCACGGGACAGUGCCUCAAGGUCCUCGAGGGCCACUCCGAGGGUGUCGUCUCCCUCUGCUUCGACCCGAACGUUCUUGCGUCGGGUUCGGUCGACACCACCGUCAAGGUCUGGAACUUCCGCACCGGCGAGUGCUUCACGCUCCGCGGCCACUGCGACUGGGUGAACUCGGUCCAGCUCUGGGACCCGAACGCGCGCUCCGCCUGCGACCCGAAGCCCGCCCCCACCUCGAGUGCCUCGGACCCGUUGCGCCUCUGCAGCACGGCGCAGACCAAGGCCCCACAGAUCGACCCGGGGAAGAUGCUGUUCUCCGGCUCGGACGACGGCACGAUCCGUCUCUGGGACCUCUGCGCGCGGACGUGCGUGCGCGUGUUCAAGGGCCACGUCGGGCAAGUGCAGUCCCUCAAGCUCCUCCUCGUCGACGAGCCCGCCGCGGACGGCGCCGAGCGCGAGGGCUCCGCCGAGCCCCCCGAGGUGCCCACGCCCAGGAGCGCGCUCGCGUCCACGCUGUCGGCGGCUCGCCUCGCCUCGCCCGCGCCAGGGCUCGGAGGGGAGGGGGUCGUCCCCCCCGCGCUCUCGCGCCGGACGACGGCGGAUGGGGCGGGGACGACCCGGCAGCGGCCGGUGCUCAUCUCGGGCAGUUUGGACAACACGAUCAAGGUGUGGGACAUCGACGCCGGCGCGGUCGCCCGGACGCUCUUUGGGCACAUCGAAGGCGUGUGGGCGGUCGCGAGCGACAAGCUCCGGCUCGUGAGCGGCAGCCACGACCGGACGAUCAAGGUGUGGUCGCGGGAGGAGGGCAGCUGCACGGCGACGCUUGUGGGCCAUCGGGGCGCGGUGACGUGCCUCGCGCUCGGGGAGGACAAGAUCGUGUCGGGCAGCGACGAUGGGGAUGUGCGGGUGUGGACCUUCAGCGGAUGA